UUUUAGUAAUUUAAUGUUUGUAGUAUAUUUAAAAAACUCGUCGCAAAAUCUCAGCAUUAAACCAAUUUUCUGUCUUUACGAUGUUAAUUUAUUAAGAAAUCAUUAAAAAUGAUUAAAUUGCAUUAUAGCCAAGGGAGCGUCUUGAUUUACGAUGCAGAUGAUUGGGCAACGCUUCGAAAAACACAUCGAAUUUUAGGUACUCUAGUUGGAAAUACAAAUACAGUGCAAACAUUACCUCUAAAACUUUUACCCGAGGAAGUUUUACUCUUAUUAGAUAAAAAACUAGCAAAACUAAUCGAUUCUUCCGUUAAUAUAACGCCAGAGAUUCGAGACAAGUAUGAACAGUUUGAAAAUGUUUUGCUGGAAGAAGAAAAAGUUAUGUAUAAAAACAAUAGGAAAAGGCAGUUGGAAAGCAUGAUUGGUGAUAUUGUCGCUGCUAAGAGAAAACGUGGUGAUAAUAGGUCAGUUGAGGAAAUUUUCACCGAGGAACUGGAAAAAUCCUCUAAAAUUAAUAGAGAAAUUAUGAUUUGGCCAACGUUUCUUACACCUCUUAGUAAUGAUAAUGAGUUUAUUGAAGUGUCAAAGGACGAAAUUCUAAAGAACACGACUGAACUAAAAUAUAGCGUUUAUAGAGACUUGUGGGAGAGGGGUUAUUACAUCACCACAGGUUUUAAGUUCGGUGCUGAUUUUUUAGUUUAUUUAGGAGACCCAAUUGCAUAUCAUGCUAUUUUCAUAGUCCAUUGUAUUGAUAACCCUGAUGAUGUUAUGCAUUCGAGCGAAAUCGUGUCUUUCGGACGACUAGCAACUGCUGUGAAAAAACGCGCAGUCUUAGCAACCUCACAAAACGAAAAAAUAUCUUACAUAACAAUAAAUUGGAUAGAUGCCUAA